CCGCGGGAGGGAGCGGGCGGAAGGUGCGGGGGGGCAGCGCCAUGGCCGAGAGAUACGACGUGGUCGUGGUCGGGGGCGGCGUCUCAGGUCUUUCAGCAGCUAAACUGCUGACUGAAUCAGGCUUGAAUGUGGUGUUGCUGGAAGCCAAUGACAGGGUUGGUGGAAGAACUUUCACCGUAAGGAAUAAGCAAGUUAAAUAUGUGGACCUUGGAGGAGCUUAUGUGGGGCCAACACAAAAUCGUCUUCUGCGGUUAUCUAAAGAGUUAGGAAUAGAGACAUAUAAAGUGAAUGAAGUUGAGCACCUGAUACACCAUGUCAAGGGUAAGUCUUACCCCUUUAAAGGUCCAUUCCCUCCUAUGUGGAAUCCAUUGGCCUACCUGGACUACAACAACCUAUGGAGGACCAUGGAUGAAAUGGGAAAGGAGAUUCCCAGUGAAGCCCCAUGGAAAGCUCCACAUGCAGAAGAAUGGGACAAAAUGACUAUGCAAGAUUUCAUAGACAAAACCUGUUGGACAAAUGCUGCCAAAAGUUUUGCAACUCUGUUUGUGAAUGUGGAUGUCACUUCUGAACCCCAUGAGGUCUCUGCCCUUUGGUUUUUGUGGUACGUGAAGCAGUGUGGAGGGACAACAAGGAUAUUCUCAACGACCAAUGGAGGACAGGAGAGGAAGUUUGUUGGGGGCUCUGGCCAGAUCAGUGAGAAAAUAAUGGAGCGCCUGGGAGGCCGGGUAAAGCUGAGGAAGCCAGUCAUCCGCAUCGACCAGUCGGGUGAAAGUGUCAUAGUGGAAACCUUAGAUCAUGAAUUAUAUGAGGGCAAAUAUGUGAUCAGUGCCAUUCCCCCAGCUCUUGUUUUGAAGAUUCAUUUCAACCCACCUUUGCCCCCAAUGAGAAACCAGCUCAUCAACCGUAUCCCCAUGGGCUCAGUCAUCAAGUGCAUUGUGUACUAUACAGAAACUUUCUGGAGAAAGAAAGGAUAUUGUGGUACCAUGAUCAUUGAAGAUGAAGAUGCUGCAAUUGGUUUAACACUUGAUGACACUAAGCCUGAUGGCAGCUUUCCUGCCAUAAUAGGCUUCAUUCUUGCUCGGAAGUGUAGAAGACUGACAGGCCUCACAAAAGAAGAAAGGAAGAUGAGGCUUUGUGAGCUCUAUGCAAAGGUUCUGGGAUCAGAGGAAGCUUUACAUCCAGUGCAUUAUGAAGAGAAGAACUGGUGUGAAGAACAGUAUUCUGGGGGCUGCUACACAGCCUACUUCCCACCAGGCAUAAUGACUCAGUAUGGAAGGAUUAUUCGGCAGCCCAUUGGCAGGAUCUAUUUUGCUGGUACAGAGACAGCCACAGAGUGGAGUGGAUACAUGGAGGGGGCUGUGCAGGCUGGAGAAAGAGCAGCCAGAGAGAUACUGUUUGCUAUGAGAAAAAUCCCAGACAGUGAAAUCUGGAAGCCAGAACCUGAAUCAACUGAUGUUCCAGCUUUGCCCAUCACUACAACCUUCUGGGAGAGGAACUUGCCGUCUGUGCCAGGACUGCUAAAACUGAUUGGAUUUUCCACUUUCUUUACCUCUGUGGCUGCGGCUGGGUUAUUUGCUUACAAAAAGGGACUUGUAGUUCGAAACUGAAAAAGCCAUGUCUUGCUACGAUUAUGCUAUGGAUUUUAUCACCACUAUGGGAUUAAAGAGAAGGAUUUGCUGCUGUUUUCUUGAUAUCUUCCACGUAAAAGGAAUAUGUGGAACUUUGUGUAUGUGGAUGCCAGUGUGAUAAGAAAAUUGACAAAUGUUGGUGAAGAAUCAAGUUGCCUCCCCAUGGGUAGAAGGAACUGUUGGCACUGGCUAACAUUUUUAAAAUUCCUUCAUGUUAACCCUUCAAAGAGAGGAAUGAAUUCUGGUUUAUCAGGUAACCAGUUCUGCUAUAUUCUUAAUUUAUUAACAUGUUUGGUGAGAAAUCUGCUAUCAUGAAAGUUCCAACAGUUUACCAGCUUCGUAAAAUAUAUUAUAGGAACAACCGUGGAAAUAAUUGUAUUUGUCUCUUAUGAACUGAUUUGUGUUAUCAUGCAUAUUUUGUAAGGCUCUUAAGAGUUUGCAAAAAAAAAAAAAAAGUUUACUUGCUUGUAAACUGUUCUGAUAACAACUGUAUAUUGCAAAGGAUGUUGGGUCAUGGCAUGAAAAUCUGUGUUAACCAAAGUACUUGAAAGCUAAUUGUAUAAACUACUUGACAAUAACAAGGAAGUGAGCAAUCUGAA